AAGAGCAGACACAAAACAUAGCAUUUGGUGUUUGGUGGGUGAGGAAGUCGUGCCCUGAAAGUGGUCCGCUGAAAAAGAUCCGUGUGUGAAGAAAAAUCGAAUUUUCACUGUGAAUACUUGUGCAAAUCAACAUCCCUGCCGUACAGCACCAGGGCGCGUGUAUCCUUUCGUGUUCGCGGGAGGAGUGAGCGAAAGCAGCCCCGUCGUCGUUUUCCCCUCGCUCUCAAGGUGCUGGAGCUCCCGGUGGUGCUCCAGACACAGGAAUCAAUCCACCGCCACCACCACCAAGUGUGUGCGACGGCAUAUUAAAAGCCAAAAAUCUUAGGUGUAAGCGCGCGCGUGUGUGUGCGAGCGUAAAAAAAGGACUCUCCGUUGGGCGUAAUCGCACGGCCAACUGCAGCCGGAAGCAUACAGAAAAGGAGUAAAAAAACAGCAACCCAACCCCCAAAGAUGGUGAUGCUGGUUCGCGAGACAUCGCGUACCGUGGCAAUCGCGACCGCGUUGCUCUGCCUAUUAAGUGGCUUCAAUUGUCUCAAUGGAGUGGCCGGCGCAGGCAAGGUGGACGACUCGAAGGGGCCGGUCUUCCUGAAGGAACCAACGAACCGUAUUGAUUUUUCCAACUCGACCGGUGCGGUCGUGGAGUGCAGCGCAACCGGCAACCCGCCCCCGGAAAUGAUCUGGAUCCGCAGCGACGGUACGGCGGUCGGCGAUGUGCCCGGACUGCGGCAAAUCCUGCCGAACGGCAAUCUGGUGUUUCCGCCGUUCCGCGCCGAGGACUACCGGCAGGAGGUGCACGCCCAGGUGUACGCCUGCAUGGCCAAGAACCAGUUCGGGUCGGUGAUUUCGCGCGACGUCAACGUACGGGCCGUGGUCCAGCAGUACUACGACUCGGAGGUGAACAAUGCUUACGUGAUUCGCGGCAACUCGGCCAUACUGAAAUGCUCGAUACCGUCGUUUGUGGCGGACUUUGUUGCGGUUGUGUCGUGGAACGAUGAUGCCGGCAAUGUCUAUCAACAGCUCGACAACCGCACCGUCCAGUCAGCCGAGCUGGAAGUUGACGGUAAAUACAUGGUGCUACCCUCCGGUGAGCUGCACAUUCGCGAAGUGGGACCCGAAGACGGCUACAAGAGCUACCAGUGUCGCACCAAGCACCGGCUGACCGGUGAAACACGCCUAUCAGCCACCAAGGGACGACUGGUCAUCACAGAACCACUUGGCAGGGUGUCUCCCAAGCUAGACUCCACGUCCAAGAUCGUGACGGCCGAAGUGAGGCGUAGUAAUACGAUCGCCCUGCUUUGCUCAGCGCAGGGCUACCCGAUAGCAGUGUUUAGAUGGUACAAGUACAUCGAAGGAACUCAGCAAAAGAAGGCUGUCGUGCUGGACGAUCGUGUCAAGCAGGUGUCGGGAACGCUCAUCAUUAAGGACGCUGUCGUGGACGACUCGGGCAAGUACCUGUGCGUGGUGAACAAUUCCGUCGGUGGCGAAAGUGUGGAAACCGUCCUGACCGUGACGGCACCGCUGGCAGCAAAGAUUGAACCACGCACGCAAACGGUAGACUUUGGCCGACCGGCCGUGUUUACGUGCAAGUUCUCGGGCAACCCGAUCAAAACCGUGUCGUGGAUGAAGGAUGGCAAAUCGCUCGGUCACAGCGAUGCGGUCCUGCGCAUCGAGUCCGUCAAGAAGGAGGAUAAGGGCAUGUACCAGUGUUUCAUUCGCAACGAUCAGGAAAGUGCACAGGCUAGCGCCGAACUCAAGCUGGGUGGACGCUUUGACCCACCGAUCAUUCGUGAGGCAUUCCCGGAGGAAACGCGCCACCCAGGACCGUCUGUGUUUCUGAAGUGUGUUGCCGGCGGUAACCCAACGCCCGAAAUCAGCUGGGAGCUGGAUGGAAAGAAGAUCACCAACAGCGAACGCUACCAAGUCGGACAGUACGUGACGGUGAAUGGAGACGUUGUGUCGCAUCUGAACAUUACCUCGAUCCACUCGAACGACGGUGGCCUGUACAAGUGUAUGGCAAGCAGCAAAGUCGGUGUGGCUGAACAUUCCGCCAAGCUGAACGUGUACGGUCUGCCGUACGUGCGAACGAUGGAAAAGAAGGCGAUCGUUGCGGGCGAAACGCUGAUUGUCACCUGCCCGGUAGCCGGUUAUCCAAUUGAAUCCAUCGUAUGGGAACGAGACAACCGACAGCUGCCGAUCAACCGCAAGCAGAAGGUAUUCCCGAACGGAACACUCAUCAUCGAAAAUGUCGAACGAAACUCGGACCAAGCCACAUACACUUGUGUCGCGAAGAACUCGGAAGGCUACACGGCACGCGGUACACUGGAAGUGCAAGUAAUGGUUCUACCGCAAAUAGUCCCAUUCGGGUUCGGUGAGGAACAGGUGAACCAGUUCGAUAUGGUAUCUACUAUGUGCACCGUAAACAAGGGCGAUAUGCCGAUCGACAUUGCUUGGGAGUUCACGCCAACGUUUCCGAGUCCAGGAAAGGCGAGAAAAUUGUACACCAACGAUGGUGUGCUGAUCAGUCGGACGAGCACGCGUAUUAGCAUGCUUAGCAUAGACUCGGUGCGAGAUCGACACAGUGGAAAUUACACCUGCCAUGCAAAGAAUCAAGCAGGGCUGGUAGAGUACACGGCAGUUCUCUUUGUGAACGUACCUCCGAGAUGGAUUCUUGAACCAACUGACAAGGCUUUCGCUCAGGGAUCAAACGCCAAGGUCGAAUGUAAAGCCGAUGGUUUCCCGAAGCCGCAGGUCACCUGGAAGAAAGCAGUGGGAGAUACUCCCGGAGAGUACAAAGACCUGCGAUCGAACGACUCAAGCAUCCGUGUUGAGGAAGGCUCGCUUUUCAUUCAGAACAUCCAAAAAUCGAACGAAGGCUACUACCUGUGCGAAGCAAUCAACGGCAUCGGCUCGGGACUGAGCGCAGUCACACUGAUCACGGUUCAAGCGCCGCCAGAGUUUGUCGAGAAGCUACGCAACCAAACCGCCCGCCGUGGUGAACCGUCCGUACUGCAGUGUGAAGCGAAGGGUGAGAAACCAAUUGGCAUCCUGUGGAACAUGAACAACAUUCGCCUGGACCCAAAGUCCGACAACCGGUACACGAUUCGCGAGGAAAUUCUACCCAACGGCGUCACCUCCAGCCUGUCGAUCAAGCGCACGGAGCGUAGCGAUUCGGCACUGUUCACCUGCAUGGCCACGAACGCGUUCGGUAGCGACGACACGAGCAUCAACAUGAUCAUCCAGGAAGUGCCAGAGAUGCCGUACGCACUGAAGGUGCUGGACAAAUCGGGCCGCACCGUGCAGCUGAGCUGGGCCAAACCGUACGAUGGAAACUCACCGCUGAAGCGCUACAUCAUCGAGUUCAAGCGUUCGCGCGGCUCGUGGGAAAACGAUAUCGAUCGGGUGAUUGUACCGGGUGACACGAACGAGGCGCAGGUACAGAAGCUAAGCCCGGCCACCACGUACAACAUUCGCAUCGUGGCGGAGAACGAAAUCGGUGUGUCAGAUCCGUCGGAUGUGGUAACGAUCAUUACGGCGGAAGAGGCACCGUCCGGCAAGCCGCAGGCAAUCAAGGUGGAAGCGAUCAAUCAGGCGACACUGCGCGUCAGCUGGAAGGCACCGCCGCGCGCCGAAUGGAACGGUGACAUUCUGGGAUACUAUGUGGGAUACAAGCAGACAUCGCUGAAUACGUUGUACGUUUACGAAACGGUCAACUACUCGCCGGAAGGUGGAGAAGGCAAGGAGCACAGUCUGGAGAUCAACAAUCUGAAAACGUACACGCAGUAUUCGAUCGUGAUCCAGGCGUUUAACAAGGUUGGCGCUGGCCCGAUGAGUGACGAAGAGAAGCAGUACACGGCAGAAGGAACGCCCGACCAGCCACCAAGCGACACGAUGUGUACCACGCUAACCUCGCAGACGAUUCGCGUGUCCUGGGUAAGCCCACCGCUAGAAUCGGCCAACGGUGUCAUCAAGGGAUACAAGGUGGUGUACGCACCGAGCGAUCUGUGGAACAACGACAAGAACAAGGACUACAAGAAGACGGCCUCGAGCGAUACGGUGCUGCACGGGCUGAAGAAGUACACGAACUACACGAUGCAGGUGCUGGCGACCACUUCGGGCGGCGACGGUGUGCGCAGUGCGCCGAUCCACUGUCAAACGGAACAGGACGUGCCGGAAGCACCGACCGCAGUGAAGGCGCUGGUCAUGUCGGAAGGAUCGAUUUUCGUUUCGUGGCAACCACCGGCACAGCCCAACGGACUGAUUCUGCAGUACACCGUGUACAUCAAGAGCGGCGAUCAGGAACCGAAGAGCUUCAAGGUACCGUCGUACCAAAUCAACUACGAAGCGUCCGGGCUGGAGAAGAAUCAAAAAUACGAAUUCUGGGUAACGGCGUCCACCACGAUCGGGGAAGGUCAGUCCUCGAAAACGCUUUCCGCCAUGCCGAGCGAUAAGGUCCCGGCCAAGAUUGCAUCGUUCGAUGACAAGUUUACCGCUACAUUCAAGGAGGACGCUAAGCUGCCAUGCCUGGCCGUGGGAUCUCCGGCGCCGGAAAUUACCUGGAAGAUCAAGGGCGUAGAGUUUGUGCCAAAUGAACGCAUCCGUCAGCUGCCGGAAGGUUCGCUGUUCAUCAAGGACGUCAUUCGACAGGAUGCGGGUGAUUACACCUGUACGGCGGAGAAUUCCAUCGCCAAGGAUUCGAUUACGCACCGACUGAUUGUGCUGGCGCCACCACAAUCGCCCCAGCUUACGCUUACCGCAACGACGACCGAUUCGCUCUCGGUGAAGCUGAAGCCGCACGAAUCGGACACUGCCCCGCUGCAGGGCUACACGCUGCACUACAAGCCCGAGUUCGGCGAAUGGGAAACGAUCGAUGUGGCGCUGGAAGCACCGAAGUACACGAUCGAAAAGCUGUACUGUGGCUCACGCUAUCAGGUGUACGCGACCGCGUACAACUCGAUCGGUGCCGGUGAACCGUCCGACAUACUGAACACGCGCACGAAGGGCUCGAAACCGUUGCUGCCGGAGAAGUCUCGCUUUAUUGAAGUUUCGUCCAACUCCAUUACGCUGCAUCUGCCCGCGUGGAAGGAUGGUGGCUGCCGCAUGUCGCACUUUGUCGUUGAACACAAGAAGAAGGAUCAAAUUGACUGGAACCAGAUCUCGAACAACGUCAAGCCGGGUGGUAACUUUGUGGUGCUGGAUUUGGAACCGGCCACCUGGUACAAUCUUCGCGUGACCGCUCACAAUAACGCUGGAUUUACUGUAGCGGAGUAUGAGUUCGCUACUCUCACCAUUACCGGAGGAACGGUUGCGCCCAUCUUCGGCUCUGUACAGCCCGGUACUAUCUACCCGCCGUGGAUUCCGCACUGGAUCGAUCUGAACGUGAUGGUACCACUGAUCGCAACCGUGAUCGUGGUGGCGGUAGGCGUACUAGUGAUCUGUGUAGCAAUUUCCCGGCGCCGAGACGACGAUCCCCGAUGCGGACCGAAGGAUGUAUACUACGAUGUCGUGUAUAAUCAGUCGAUGGGACCGGCGGGAGCCGCCACACUGGACAAGCGACGACCGGACAUCCGCGAUGAGCUGGGUUACAUUGCACCGCCGAACCGCAAGCUGCCACCGGUACCGGGCUCAAACUACAACACCUGCGACCGAGUUAAGCGCGGAACUGUUAUAAGCCAUAAUCCUUCCAUAAAAUCCAACCAUACCACUUGGGACCCGCGCCGUCCGUUGUACGAAGAACUGAAGAAAGCGCCGCCACCACUGCCCAGACGCUUCAACCAUCCGCCGGCGUGCUAUGGCAUGGAAGAUGAGAUCUGCCCGUACGCCACGUUCCAUCUGCUUGGAUUCCGGGAGGAGAUGGACCCGACCAAGGCGAUGAACUUCCAAACCUUCCCGCACCAGAACGGUAUGGGCGGCCCGGGACACAUGGGAACGAUGGGAUCGAGCAUGGCGAUGCAGGUGCCCAGCCACGUCCACUCGCGGUCCGGCUCGCAGUCGAUGCCACGCCAGAAUCGCUAUGCCCGCAAGAACAGCCAGGGCGGCCAGAGCAGCAUCUACACCCCGGCACCGGAGUAUGACGAUCCGGCCAACUGCGCGGAGGAAGAUCAAUACCGACGUUACACACGCAUCAACUCGCAGGGCGGCUCGCUGUACUGUGGCCCCGGACCCGAAUACGACGAUCCGGCCAACUGUGCUCCGGAGGAUGACCAGUACGGUUCGCAGUACGGUGGCAACUAUGGCACACCGUACGAGCACUACGGCUCGCGGGGAUCGGUCGGACGCCGUAGCGUUGGCUCGCCGGAACCGCCACCACCGCCACCACGCAACCACGAUACGAGCAACUCGUCCUUCAACGACUCCAAGGAAAGCAACGAAAUCUCCGAAGCCGAGUGCGAUCGCGACAAUGGGCCGCGCGGAAACUAUGGAGAACCGUCUGAGGCUUCAUCGAAAUCCAACGAUGCUAUUAAUGGUGACGAAACAGAGAAGUUGUUGAAAAGAAACGAAGUCAAACCCAAGUACACCAAACAAACAGCAGCCUCCGGUAGCACAGGACUCACAGCCUACGAUACUAUGGCAGUGUAAUCUGUAAGCCCGCCCUGUGAACGCACGCGUGAAGGCAUAACGCUUCUUCACACCUUCGUCAGCCAGUCAAGCAACAAUUGAUGGAAGGUAAAAAAGACCGAAGCAAACAUCUGUAGUGUGAAGAUUGCUGUACCAUCCUAGGAGAAGUGUAUGAUGAUGAUGAUAAAAACGAUACUGUAAUCUACGUAUCAACACGGUGACGUUUUUGUCAAGCAGAACGAGUCAGGGGGCAGAACGCACGAAUUUAGCGCAUUUACGUUAAUUUAUAUGCAUAUAUCAGGAAAAAAGCCCACUUUUAACGUGCUAAAACUCCCCAAACUCCCCCGUCAGUCAGUCAGUUAGUCAGUUAUUGAACGAAAACUUUCACCGUGUAUUCGUGCAUUGUAUAUGUGUCCUGUGUACUGUGUCCUAUAUACGUUCUGGUUAGUGUGGUUUUUACGCAAACGAUCACCAAAAAACCAAAAAAAAAAGGAAACCACCGCCAUUACAGACUUACCACCAAGCGAACGAGUAAUUGGCUGACACGAUGUGGUACGUUUUUUUUAUUGUGCAUAUUUUAUUAGGUGAUAUGACUACUCUUAUUAGAAACAAGCCCACACUUUGCUUCGCAUUUGAUAUUAAUAUUCAUGAGUUAGAAAGGAAAGCCAAAUAGUGGUGAAGCAGCAGAGGUGUUUUUGUUUCGGUAUAAGUUAGAGUUAUUUAAAAACUCCCCAACUACAACAGUGCGCACACAGAUUGAGCCACCAAGGCCGAAGGAUAGAGCAGAAAAUGGGGGGAAACUGUAUGAAGUCUUUAACACUUUUACGACUAUCUGUAGUAACUAGUAUUUAAUCCCUUUCUCCUAGACCUCCAUACCCUAUGCGGCGAAGGAUAUGCAUGUAAACAAAACAGCAAAAGAAAAUUGACUUAAUUUUUAAAUUUCACACUAGCGUGACGGUAUACCAGUGCGGUGGUAUAGCAGUAAUUUAAUGAUAGACAUGUGUUUCAUGUGUCUACGUAAUUCGUUUAAACGUUUUUUACCAACUUUCUUCCAUUCUGGUAAUGAGAAUGAAACACUUUUUUUUAUAAAGAUCGUAUUUUUACCCCAAAUUGAUGAUACAUUCGCACGAUUAAGAGGAAUGCUACAUUGAUUGCUUCCUGAUUCUUGAUAUAAAGACUUGAAAGACUCAACAUCCGAACGCGCAUGCAUUGAAUUUAGCUCCUCCGCACACCCGUAAUGAUAAACUUUGCAAAUUAUUAACUGAUGCAUCACUACUACUGUCCAGGGAAAAUAGCGUUAGGAAGAGCAAUUUGUAAUGUAAUACGAGAGUUUUGAGCACUGUAUUGGAUACGAAAUGGGUAAGAGAAACAGUGGAGGCCCAAAACAUUGGAGAAAAACACAUGCGUAGCGAAAACGUUGUACGAAUUGUUCCGUCGUGAAAAGGGGAAAAGGCUGCUGCUGGAAUAAUUAUUUUAAAAUUCAGUUUGCACCAUGGCACACACUACCGGGGAAUGAGAGUAUUCAACUGGGAGAGUAGCAAUAACGCAGCACGGAUAAGAGAGAAAACCUCUACCUUGGUUUAAGUGUCUAGUGUCUGUUGUUACCUUUCUAGCCAUUCACGCUUAAACUAGACAUCGACUACACCGCUUAUUCUUCUUUAGUAAGGAAAGCAUUCUAAACCUUCGCGUAAUAAGCAGAGUACGAGCAAAAGUGCACACCCAAAAUCGACACUCUAGGUAGCUAGGUUUUUAAACAAAUUGACGACGGCUCUUACCAACGGCGCGGAGGUUCGUCGCUUUUGCGGACGGUUAAAUUUGUGUGUUUAACGCGAUCACGCGAUCGCAAUGACGCACGCGCUGAGAGAGCCGUCGGUUUUGCUCAAUCUAUUGCGAAUGACUUAUUGGGUUUUUUCCUUAAGGCUCACUUUGCACACACAGACACACUUUUUACCGUACGUGAUAGUUUUUGCUCUCUUGCGGUAUGUGUCCGUAUUUCCCGUUCUUUUUCGUGAGAGAUUCUGUGAGCUCUUUUUUAUACCAAAAGAGGUAACAUCUAGUAGAAGUGUAUGGCGUACGCGGUGACCCGGUAGAAACAGUAUGUGUAAAUGAUCUUUCUGUGUACGUCUUUGCUGUGUGUGUAAAUCAAUUUUGAUGAAUUUUAUUUACCCGUUUGAUAUGCAAACUGUUCACGCGGUGAACACAGUGUGACGCCCACCUAGAAAGCCGCUUUGAAUCGUUUUUCACCAACAGAGAGAAUGUGUUUUACUAUCUCUUUCUCUGCCUCAUCUGCAGUUGUUUUAUUUAGAAUGUCGUGCGAGACACCCAAGCGGUGAGAAGUGCUUGCUAAAAACGCUACCAAAGUGUUUGGAUUUUCUGUAGCGAACAAAAGCAACCAAAAUGGCUAGUAAAGUGGAAGUGUAGUGUAUCAUCGUCUCUUACCCUCCCCAAGUACAUGUGUCCGUGUGUUUACCUCCGCUUAUUAAACUAAAACCAAUAUCAGUGUGCAAGUAAAUAAUGCAGUUACAGCAAAGAAAAUAGUAAACUCUUAGACAUUACUACUCCUCGUCCCAAUAACCAAUUCAGCCCACAAACACAAGUAAACCAAAAUCUAGUAAUGGCAGUAGUGCGUAAAUGAUAACCCACAGAACAGACACACAUAUACAACAAACAAACAAAAAACCGUACGCAAGGUGCAUAAAAGUUCGAUUAUAGGAGCAAGGAAUGGGUUUGCGGUACAAACAGGUUGAUGAAGCUAAAUGAAUUUAAUGUUUUUUCUUCCCUUGUAUAAUGUUCACAUUACCUUUCGAGGUAAUUGAUCCUCUGACUCACAUUGAUUCACAUCGGUAACAGUUUACAUUCGUGUGCGGAACAAAAAACAGUGAAAAGAAAAACAAAACAAAAUCAGCUUCUAGUCAUUUUCUUCCAGCAUUGGUCAAAAUUAGCCGUUAACAAAAUGACAUUUCAUAAUGUUCGUAUUAUUUCCGGAGCGUUUAUGAAGCAAUGCUUAAAUAAGAGCUAUUUCAGCCACUGUGCCAUACUAAUUUUGAGUAGUGUUUUCGUAUUGCGCAUAACCAUAACCAGCAAUCGAUCAGCGAGACUCAGUUGCUCUACUAGUACCGGAUCUCCUCAACCACAACCAAACUGCAAAAAAUAAUUGAAAAUUGUUACUUGUGUUACGCAUAUAACGGACAAAAAAGGAAAUUUAAUCAAAAUUAAUGCAACAAUUGUUGUACAAAAAAACCAAAUAAUAGAGCAUGGUGAUGAUUGAGGGUUGAAAGGAUGAAUGGAAAAUGAGGAUGAUAAGUGAGGGCAUGCUUUUCGUACCAUAUAAUAAUAUUUAGAGGACGUAAGAAUAGGCAAAAGAAAAACAAAACACACACACACACACAUACAGAGAAAAUGGCAUUUAUUUACACUGUUUGGGCAACUGAAAUGACAAAUUAAGCCACAAUUCUGAUUUAUCGUAAAAAUGAAACAGAAAGCUAUAGUUUAAUUAAAGUAAAUCAUUUUCAGUGUCGCUUUUAUUCCCUUUCUAAAGUGUCACAUUUGGAUCAGCUUUUUCCCUACAUAAAUAGUACCGAUAAUAAUCUUUAGUCGGCCCCAGGUAUCUCUAAUGUCGUAAUGUGUCACUCAAACUCAAACAAAAAAAAAGAAUUCUUGGACUAAAAUUUAAAACAACUCUGUAGUAUAAUCCUUAUACGAUAAGCUCGCAAAAAAAACAUCACGUAAUCAAUGUAAUCACUUAUUGGAAAAGGUGUGUGAAACUAACGUUUAAGAAAUGUUCUGAAAAGCUCUGGUUCAAUGGUUGGCGGCGUUCGGUUUUGCGAAAGAAAACAUCACCCCAAACAGGCAAACAAAACGAAAGAAUGGAACGGUGAACCGACACGAACAAAAACUAAAUGAAACAGAUAUACGAACAAUCACCGUUCAUUAAGGAAACAACAACAAAAAAAAAACACAUAAUUUCAGUAACAUUACCCAUUAAAUGUAGUGGAUUGCUAAUAAUUGCUUGCUUGAUAUUCGUCAAACACAGGAAAUAGGCGUGUAUGUGUAGGGCACGUGGAAAGAAGUAGUACUAGAAAACGCAAACAGAAAACGAACGAAAAAUUGUGAAAGGAUGAAAA